UCAAGAGGAGACCAAACUGAUAAAGGCCUAAAUAAAAAAACAGAGUUUUCUCUCUGGAUCACAUUAUCUCUUCUUCUUCUUCUUCCUCAUGGAUUCAUCAAGAACUCGAAAUGUAUCUAAAAGAUCCGAUCCCGUUAACUUUCCGGCGAAGUCAUCUCGGAGAUCUUUAUCUUCUUCUUCUUCUUUCUCAUCCUUCUCCUCAUGCUCAUCUAACUCCCUUGUGUUUCCCGGCGACUCUCCUCUGAAUUCUCCGGCGACUCCUCUCCGUCUCCUCGGUGUUCCUUUCUCAUGGGAACAGCUACCCGGGAAACCUAAAGACUACUCUCAUAGACUCAAAAGCUGUGGAAACGACGAAUCUUCGAAUCUAUUACCCCUCCCUCCUCACCGGAGUGUUUCCUUUCCGGCCACGAAGAAAAACCCUAAAUCUAACAGCUCCUGUAAGAAGCAAAGCUACCCUGUGACCGUGAGAGACCCCUUCGCAGCUGCGUUGUUGGAAUGUUCCAAAGACGAAGGAACAAACAGUGGCGACGAGGAAGACGACGGUGUUGAAGAAGUAGAUCGGAGGUUUCAAGAAAAUUCCGGUGGUUCAAGCAAGGCUUUGUCUAAGAGCAGCAUCGGGGACAGGUUUGGGUUAGUGAAUCUCUACGGUUCUUGUCGGAGAACUUGUGCAGUUUCAGAGUCCAUUGUUUAUCUUCCAAGAUCAAGAAAAGCUGCUCCGUACGAUCAUCAUCUUCUUCUUCCACGUCGUCGCCGUUGAUUGUUUCGUAUUUUGGUGAUUUACAUUAUAUAUUUUUUCUUGGUUUUAUUAUAUUUUCUGUAUAAUUUUCUCUGAAUGUGACAUAUUAUGGGUUUGUGUGUUUUUUAUUUUUGGUCUAUAGAUCGUAACACGAAUGUAUAAUUUCGGGAACUUGUUUACUUGUAAGUUGUAACCAACCAUGAAUCCAUAUAAGCAUAUUCACUUACAUAA